UCCUUUAGGUCACAUAUGGACAACCAGACAUUCAAAUACACCGUACUCUUAAUGGAGGGACUGAAAAUAGCACCUCAGUACAACCAUCUUGCAUUUAUCUUUCUCUUGAUUGCUUACAUAUUUAUAACAGUAUUUAACAUCGGGAUUUUGGUUCAGAUCUUGGCAGAUAAAAGUUUACAUGAUCCCAUGUACAUUCUGUUCUGUCAUUUACCAAUUAAUGAUGUAAUGGGAGCAAAUAUUCUUUUACCACGCAUGCUGAAGGAUAUUUUAACAGAUCCCUCUGAGCGCUACAUCACAUAUGUGGAGUGUGCUUCACAAGCUUUCUUAAAUCAUUUCCAUGGAACAACAUCUCACACUAUUCUAAUGAUCAUGACCUUUGACAGAUAUGUGGCCAUAUGCAAUCCAUUAAGAUACUCAUCAAUAAUGAGCAGUAAAAUGAUGGUAAAAUUAUCAGUAGGAGCCUGGUGUGUUCCAUUAGUGUUUGUGGGAGUUUUGCUUGGCCUGACUAUACGUCUGUCUCACUGCAGAUAUCUGAUUCAAAACCACAUUUGUGAUAAUCCUUCAAUUUUUAAAUUGUCCUGUGAAAGUGUGGUGAUUAAUAAUGUGUAUGGAUUAACUUUCACUGUGGUUUUACUCACCUCUUCAAUGGGGAGUGUGUUUAUAACAUAUUUCAGAAUAGCCAUGAUAUGCAUAAAGAGCAAAAGCAAGGCAACAAACAGUAAAGCCAUAAAAACUUGCUCAACUCAUUUGACUGUUUAUUUAAUUAUGUUGAUCUCUGGAUUUGUACCAGUUAUCCUCCAUCGUUUUUCUGAAAACCCUGAAGGUAGAAAAGUAGCUGCUAUACUUUUCUAUGUUAUACCUUCAAGCAUGAAUCCUAUUAUUUAUGGUUUGCAAGCCAAGGAAAUAAGACAAAAGGUUGUUAAAAUUUGUACUAAAAAAUAA